AUGAUGAGGUGGCAUCAAGCAGCAAGACUUGCAGGAAGGCACCUGCACAAGGUGUGCACUUAUCACUGGAGUUUUCCUACAAACUCAGGAAAAGCUCUAUUUUCUUGCAGCUCAAGACUUUCUGAAGAGGAAGUGUUUUCAGCCUUGUAUAUUCCUGGAAGCAGAGCAACAACAACUGAUGGUGUUGUUACUCCAUAUCUGGACUUUUCUAAGCAGUUUGAAGAUGUUGCCUUGCUUGAGCACUCCGUAACUCAACGCUGCAUGAAUAUAGAUGUAAACGGAAUCAUAAGAAAAUAUUCAGAGUGGAAGGAUUUAGAAAAGCAUAGAUCAGAUCUUGAGGAGAAAAAGGCAACCCUGACAAAAGCUGUGAAUUCAUUGCAAAAGAAUAAAAAGAAUAAAGAACAAAUGAAUGUGCUAAAAGAACAUGGAAAGAAAUUAAGAAAUGAAACAAAGAGUUUGACACAAAAAAUUUGGGACUUGGAGGAGAUAGCUGUUACUGGUGCUCUCAGCCUUCCCAAUAAUCUCCAUGAAUCUACAGGCACCAAUGACAAGUUAUUUUUCAGUCUGUCCAAGAAACCAGUUUUUAGCUUUCAACCUAAAAGCCACAUAGAUUUGGGGACGAAAUCAGAUGAGUUGGAGAUUAUUGACAAUUCACCCACAGCUUAUUAUCUCAAGAACAGACUUGCCUUACUUGAACUUGUUUGUAAUGAUUAUUUUUUGUCUACAAUGAAUAACCAAGGUUUCACAAUGAUGUCAAACUCAGAUUUUGUGAAGGCUGCCAUCAUGGAAGGCUGUGGCAUCCAUUUCAGGGACAGGCCUCAGCAUAACAGAUUAUCUACAGGUGCAGGGCAUGACACAAACCCUUUGCAUCUUGUAGGAGGAGGAUCACUACAGGCUUUCUCUGCUUAUUUCACCAAGCAGAUUGUUGAAAAGAGUGACCAUCUACCUGUAAGGGUGAUCACAACCGGUCGUAAUUACAGUCCAUCCAGCCUGACACACCCUGGCCUGCUGGGAUGUAGGCAAUCAUCAGUAGUUGAUGGAUUUGUACUGUAUGAGGAUGUGGGUGUGCAAGAAAAGACAUUAUUGCAGGAAGCCGUGGUGAUGGUGACUGAAUGUUACCUUCACUUAAGGGUUCAUUUCCAAGUAGUUCAGUAUUCUGCAAAAAAGCUGGAAGUGCAUGAAUCUGCAGCAGUAGGUUUCCUAAUGUUUUCUCCCCACACAGGCCAGUACCACGAGGUAGCAAGAAUAUCUCUGUGUGGUGAUUACAUUAGUAGGAGGUUAUGGACACUUUGUAGAAAAGAUAAGUCUGCUAGUUUUGUAUCCAUGCUACACAUUCGAGCUUGUCACACUGCUCACCUGUUGGCUCUCUUGGUGGAGAAUGGCCAGGAGGAGAAUGGUAGUUACAGGCUCCCAGAAUGCCUUCAGUCUGCUGUUGAUUCAUUUUAGGACAUGAGAGUUGUAGUAAGGUAUUGUUGCCAGCAAGGACAUGUGGCUAUUGGCUAUAAGGCAUACAUAAAACUCGGAUAUGAAGAUAACCAUAGUGACUUUGGACUGUACGUGUUGGGGAAAUGCCAUGAGGAUGCUAAGUUUAAUUCAUGUAUUGUGUAAUAUCUUGUAAAUUAAUAAAUUAUUGUAUAACCAAGAUAUACUGUUUGUAUUUUGCUUAUUGUAUUCAUCAAUUCAAAUGGCAACACCUUCCCCAAAUAUAUAAAUACACACAUUGUAUGUUGCCUGAGACUGACUGCUGUCAAAUUCAUGUCUUGAAAAGAAACAAUCCUUACUCUUCAGCUUGAUGAGAAAUACUAACAUUAUUUGUACAUAAAUGUACAUAAAUAUAGAACUAUAAGUUU